GCUAGGUUCAAUAAUAUGUGUUUGGUAUACUGUCUUUUUGUCAAUGGAAAUACCUGAUUUUGUUUCAGAUGUGACUAAAUCAUCUGAGAUUUCUCAGCCUGCUCCAUUCCUAGCAGCAAAGUUGGGGGACAACGUGACAGUUGAAUGCCAUGUAACCAGUAAUGUUGAUCACAUGGUGUGGUACAAGAUGACCACUGGCAAGAAACUACAGUGUGUGGCAAAGGCAAACAUUCAUUACAAAUAUCUCAACUAUUUUGAUGAAUUCAAGGAUUGGCGUUUUGCUGUAUUGAUAGAAACAAGAAAAUGUCACCUAACUAUAUCUGCUAUGAAGCCAGAGGACAUUGGAAUAUACUACUGUGGAGUUUUGCGCUUACACUUUGUAGAGUUUGGACCUGGAACUGCCUUGAUGGUUAAAGGUGCACAGUUGAACACUGAUACUGUUGUACAGCAGCCUGUGUCUCAGUCAGUCCAGCCAGGAGACUCUGUGACUCUGAACUGUACAAUACACACUGAGACCUGUGUAGGAGAACACAGUGUCUAUUGGUUCAGACAUGGCUCAGGAGAAUCCCGUCCAGGAAUCAUUUACACCCAUGGAGACAGGAGUGAUCAGUGUGAGAAGUUCCCUAACGCUGUGUCUCCUACACAGAGCUGUUUCUACAACCUCCCCAAGAAGAACCUCAGCCUCUCUGAUGCUGGGACUUACUACUGUGCUGUGGCCUCAUGUGGGGAGAUACUGUUUGGAGACGGGACCAAGAUGGAUAUUGAAGUUCCAGAGCAUAAUUCCCCAUUUGAUCUGAGUCCUACUGUUCUGUCGUUGGUGGUGUCCAACAUCGUUUUGGGGAUAGUGACCCUUCUGCUGGUCUGGGCACUGUGCAAGACUCGGAACAGAGAUAGUAGAGGGAGGACAGAUGUCCCGAAGUCCCAGGGCAAUCAGAAUCAAGACAGUGACGUGUUGAACUAUGCAGCUGUGAGUUUCACCCCCAAGAAGAACUCCUCCUCUAGAAGAGCAAGAGAGAAGACCAGCAGAGAGGAUGCAGUGUACUCUGAGGUCAGAUACCUUCAACAGCAGUGA